CCUCGUCGUUUCAAGAGUGAAGUCUGGCGAGGGUGAGCUUUGUCCGAUUCGUCUGACGUCUGACAUUAGCCGUCACGGGGGACGAGGACGACAUUUGGAGGCGAAUCCAGCUGAAGCCUUUCCAGCUGUGCGUAAUUCACAACGUCAUUGCAUGUGCGUAUGUGCGUGCGGGGCAUUGACGUACGCGCGACAAUGACAGUUCGUUUGCUCGUUCAAGAACGCGCGUGAUCGUGGAAUUUUUUGCAGGAUCGUCCAUCGAACAUAUGAUUGUUGCGUUGCCGAGGUACAAAAGUACAAACUAGUAGAUCGAUUCAUCCUUUGGAAGUGAAUAGUGUUAUUCGCGUCCAUCGUAUCGCGCGUAUGAUUUGUAGAAAUGACAACGAAGCGUCGUGUCUCAUCGUAUCGGCAGUGAGACUUCCUGGAGCGAUCGACGAGUGAGACAAGCCAGACGAGGAACGAAACGGACAACCAUGAGUUCCGUCUGGAAACGUUUACAACGAGUGAACAAGAGAGCCGCCAAGUUUCAAUUCACCGUCUCCUAUCAUGAAGUCACGUUGGAGACGACGACGAAAUGGAAACCAAACAAACUGAGCAUUGUUUGGACAAGACGUAGCAGAAGAGUUAGUUCAGAACCCUUAGACUGGGAGCCAAGUUUGAGCGAUCCACUAAAGGGUGCUAUUAGCUGGCCAGUUCCUGACAAUCACACAGUCUCAGUGACGUUAUUCAAAGAUCCACGAACACAUGAAUUAGAAGACAAAGAUUGGACAUUUGUCAUCGAAGAUGUAUCAUCGACAGGAAAGAGACGUCAUGUGGCUGCUGCAAAUAUAAAUAUGAAAAAAUAUGCAACCCUAGAAUCUAGCCAGCAACAACUCAAACUAGACUUAAAACCAACUUCUAAGAAGAUUGUUAGUGCUACGCUUGAAUGUACUUUGUCAUGUGUAUUCCUGCGAGAGGGCAAAGCGACGGACGAGGAUAUGCAAAGUAUGGCUAGUUUAAUGUCGGUUAAUAAUAACAGCGACAUUGCGCCAUUAGACGAUUUUGAUAAUGAAGAUAUACCUGAAGAUGUUGAAGAGGUAUCAGUAAAGAAUUUGGAUGAGAUAUUAGAUAUUUCAGCCCAACUUGAUUUAAUGACAAGUAGCCUCACUGAAAGCGAAUUACCUAGUACUCCUAUAAGUGUGGCAAGUUUAUCAAAGGAUGAUGCAACUCCUGUAAACGAUGGGGAGCACUUUAUGCGCGACAUUAGUCUAACAAAAAUUGGAGAUUCUUUGAAAGAAAAAUCGCCCAUAAAAGACCAGGUUGCUGUGCAAAAUGAUAGAAACAUCGUACAUAGCACAUUAAGAUUGCCGCUGCAGCCAUUGGAUCUUAAAAAAAAUGAGGCGAAUAUUCCAAGACUGAAAGAGAUUACUCCAGGCCAAGAUUUGCUGGAAUGGUGUAAAGAAGUCACUAAAGACUAUCCCGGUGUUAAAGUUACUAAUCUGACGACGUCUUGGCGAAACGGAAUGGCAUUCUGUGCAAUUAUUCAUCAUUUCAGACCUGAUCUGAUAGAUAUUGAUUCGCUGUUACCACACGAUGUAAAAGGCAACUGCAAAAAAGCAUUUGACGCAGGCGAAGCUCUAGGCAUACCCAGAGUUAUAGAACCAGCAGACAUGGACAUAUUAACCGUACCUGAUAAAUUGGCUGUGAUGACAUAUUUGUAUCAAUUGAGAGCACAUUUUACAGGCCAUGAACUGGAGGUACAUCAAAUAGGUAAAACAGCAGACGAAUCUUCUUACAUGAUUGGUAGAUUUAACACAGACAACAACACAGACGUGAGUGUCCAGUUAUUUGGCCAAGAAAUUAUUAACUUACGAAAGAAGGAACAGUUCGAGCAGAAAAAUAAUAAAGCGGACAAUAAUCGACGAUCGAAUCCGUUCGACAACAAAAAGGACGACAUCGAUUCGCUGAAAAAUAAGUUACAUUUGAGCCUGAACACGGACAUUCAAGAUUACGAUCAGUGUAACAAAGAUAAGUCGCCGUCUAGUGUGAAAGAAGUCAAGGACAUCAUAUUGGCCAGUUCAAAAAGCAUUCUGGGCAAGGUGUUAUCACCGACCAAAGAAAAGUAUUCGUCGAGAGAGAAGAGCAAAUCCCCGCCGAGAGUGCAACAAGCGCAGCAACGUCCGAUACUUAUGACACGCCGGCAAUUAACCGAUCCAUUCGGCUCCGACGAUGAAGAGGAAAACAUACAGAUAAUCGACGACAAAUGGUCGCAAUCGAUUUCGAUUACCAAAUCGCAAAGCCCGAUCCGUGAUGAUUCGCUAAACUCUGAUGAUAAAGGAAGUCGAGGCAGUACAGAAUGUCAAGGUGCAUCACCGCCAUAUGGAGAACAACGUUCGCAACACGCAUUAGUUACCCGGCACGAUGAAUUGCGAGAGCGCGCGAGACAACUCUUGGAACAAGCCAGAAACCAGACGAAGCCAUCUGGAUUUGUUUCCGCUGCAAUCAGUCCUGUCGAGGCACAGAAUGACGAUGAAAGGCAGCAACAAUUACGUGAAAGGGCGAGACGCUUGAUAGCAGAAGUGAAAAUGGGUGUUGCUGUUACUCCGAGUCAAUUAAAUGACGAUAACAGCAGUGACAGACGGUCGAUAGACGAUCAGAACAAUAGUCCUAGACGUAGCAUCACACCAUCGACUCCUGGUGAUAGACUUAGCAUAAAGUCUGAGUAUAAUGGAAACAUACUGGAUACGAGCGUAAUAGACGGUGAAAAGAAAACUGGUUCGCCUUUGUAUUCCUUCUCUAAAAUCAUGGAACGAAUCUCACCUGAUAAAGGAAGUCCAGACAGAACUCCGUAUACACUUCGCGGGUUGGGUAAAGACAUGACAUCGUAUAUUCAAAACGAGCUCGAAGCACUUGAGAGGGAACAAAAUCAAAUCGACAUACAGGCUGGUAAACUUGAAAAACAAUUAAGAGCGGCUAUGGAGAGCGAUAAUGAAGAUGAAACGGAAAGACUGAUGUCUCUAUGGUUUACACUUGUUAACAAGAAGAACGCACUUUUAAGAAGACAAAUGCAAUUAAACAUAUUAGAAAAAGAAGAUGACUUAGAACGACGAUUCGAACUUUUAAAUCGCGAAUUGAGAAGCAUCCUCGCGGUGGAAGAUUGGCGGAAAACAUCCGAGCAAAAAAUGCGUGAGAAUUUAUUGUUGGAGGAGUUGGUGUCAAUCGUGAAUAAAAGAGACGAAUUGGUUCAUCAUCUCGAUACACAAGAAAGAGCUAUCGAGGAUGAUGACGAGAUAGAGCGCGAUUUGUCUCGUGCAGGACUAGCUCAACGAAACAAAAAUUGUGUUGUGCAAUGAAGAAUUAAUUAUCUGUUGUGUUUUUCUGACACUAUUUUGAAGGCAUGACCCAUUUGUUGCAAAGUUGCCAAAGAGCCAACAAAAUUAGAAAUUGGAAAGUUAAGUAUGGUGUUUCAUGAUUGCAACAGGUUAUUUUUAGAAAUAUAUUUUUUUAUUGUACAUUAUAGAUCAAUUAAUUCGAAAAAUAGAUUUCUACUUUAUCUUUUGCUUUCACUAUAAAUGCGCUAAAUUCGUAACAAAGAAAAAUAAGAAAAAGGAAUUAAAAUUACAAAUAUCAACAAGCAUUAUAUAAAUAUAAUCAAUGAAGUGCAUAUAAAUGCACUUGAUUUCUUAUAUGUUAUCAAAUACAGAAUUGUCGAUUGUUUCAUAUAGUAAGCAUUUUAAGCGUGUUUUAAGUGGAAUGUCGCGCUUUAAUAGAAUUGUGUGCAAAUAGAUGAAAUGAUAAAUGUCGUCAAGUAAAGAAUUAUAUAAGACAUUUUCACAAUUGAUAAUAGAUAAAGUGAUGUAAUUUUUCUUCUUUUUAACUAAGAAAUAAGACGUGUUUAUAUUUAGUGAAAGCAGAGCGAAUGCAAAUAAAAAGAAUGGAAGUUAGUGAUGUAAGGAUAUAUGCCUUGACGAGAUUCACAAGAAAUAAUUAAUUAUAACGUUAUCUGUAAUAAUGUAUAUUAUUAUUUC